UUAACGCAGUGGCUGUUGGGACAGUGUGUUAGUCAAACAUGGCGAGCAUCAGUACAAGACGAGAUGAGACACGCAGAACCAGCAAUAAAACUGAUUCCAAAGUAGAUAUAUUACACCCUGAGCUCCUGUCUCGAGACUUUAUACAACUAGUUCUACACGAGAGAAAUAUAAGCACUGGAGAAGAUGAGAGCCGUGACCGACUUACGGAACUCUACCUACGGCACAUCAUCCCUCUCCCGCAAAGAGAGCUGCCUAACAGCCGCUGGGGUCGGAAAAUGGAACGGAUGCGCCCACGACAGACCCCGGCCGGUGGACGUUCAUACAGUUGUGACACGAGCGGGAAGCGGCCUUCUGUCGUGUUUGAUGGCAGGUCAUCUCACGUGGGGCCGGUGAGGCUGAAGAAACCAGAGGAAGCUCCAGGGUUUGGGGGAGGAACUGACCGGCUGAAGCCCCCGCCAUCCGUCAACCUCUCCAACCCUGUACGCAGGCUGACCAGCUCCUCUUCCUCCUCCUCCUCCUCCCCCUCGUCCACCACAGUCAAGGUCUAUGCGGGUCCAACAGGGAAUGGUAGACUUGUCUCCCCAUCAUCAGUCUCUCUCAAAAGAGAGGCAGACAGCUCGGGUGUGUCAAAGUCUCCAGAGGUGAAGAAGAAGAUCCAGCAUGUGACAUGGCCGUGACCCCUUACUCCUCGACCCCUGACCCCUGGACCUCAACCCCUGGACCGUGACCCCUAGACCAUGACUGUUGACCCAUGUGGAAGGUUAUGCACCACCUGGAAAUGUCCUCAAUAGCAGGUCACCACCCUACACACACUGCAGGGCUCUGUACCCACCCUCCUGCUGUGAUGCUCAGUGAUGUCACACUGCUCAGUGAUGUCACACAGCAGACGUACCACCCUCCUGCUGUGAUGCUCAGUGAUGUCACACAGCAGAUGUACCACCCUCCUGCUGUGAUGCUCAGUGAUGUCACACUGCUCAGUGAUGUCACACAGCAGACGUACCACCCUCCUGCUGUGAUGCUCAGUGAUGUCACACAGCAGACGUAGCUCUAAACUUGGGAAGCAGUAGGAUGUCUGGUUCACCUGCCUGACUGCUGGUGGCCCAGCCUGGCCUGGUUCUGUGUGGAUGAGGAGGAAGACUGGAGGGUACCUGCCAGGCGGUCCUGGUAAAGGCUGUUCCAGCCCUCUCCUCCCACCUGUCGUGGCCUUGCAGACAAGUAGCCAGCUCCUCCACACCCUCAGAUAGGACUGGACUCUCAACGUCUCUCGUUUUUUUUCUUCUUCCACCUUCUAUUUAUUAACUGUGUGAUGAUAUAGCAUGUAAUCGGUAAUGGAGGAUGUGUUUGUGUGAUUUAUAUAAUGAGCUUCCUGAGAGUGUUGAGUGUGCUAUGGAAUUCAUGGCUCUGAUUAGUAGGCUGCAGUGUGUUUUUUUUGUGUGUUUUUUUACUGUAGGUUCAUGGUAAGGAAAUGCAAUUUUAAUUCAGCAAGGUGAUAUAUGUCUCUGUCCAUUAGGUGGAGCCAUAGAUGAUGAGUUGGCUCUGUCAUGUCUUGCUGUCAGUUAUUAAUUGCCAUAUAGAUUGUUUACACAUCGUUUGGUUCUUUUUAAAGUACUUUAUUUGAAUUUGAGGCACACAGACUUGAUAUAGGGUUCCCUUGUGACAGUGUAUAUCUUUGAGGUUUUGAUUUGCUCAAUUGUUUACACAGUAUGUUCUGGUACCAGCUUUUAUUAAGGUAAGAUCUUUAAAGCAAAAACAAUCUUGACAAAACUCCAAUUUAAGUUUCUGUGUACUUGUUUGUACUAUUCAUUUAUUUUAGUUCCUUAAAGACUGGCAACAUGG